GCACAGUUCCUAAUCAACCAAGUGUCCUCCUGGAGGGACCGGGGCGAUUGGCGCCUAACCUGUUCGGGCGCUCGCCAAAACACCCGCGGAGGCACGUGAUAUCAGUUUGCUCGGUCCAGAAAGUCUAGGCAAGGUAUCAUCCGCCGUGGAGAGCUACGGAAGAGCGUGAUAUUUGUGACUGGGGCAGAGCCCUCUUACCAUUAGCUACAACUCUAUGGUGCGGUGACCUCUCCGGCUGUAACACAACCGAGCUUCCGACCAGAUAUACACCAUGAGCGAAGCGGCGCGCUUGAAAUCUACCGUCUAUGUGGGGGGUCUCGACCAGGCGGUUACUGUGCAGACGCUGGCCGAGGCAUUUGUUCCCUUCGGCGACGUUGCUGAUAUCACGCUCCCAAAGCCCGACGUUCCCAACUCGAAUGAGCUCCAUCGCGGGUUUGGCUAUGUGGAAUUUGAUGUACCCGAAGAUGCCAAAGAAGCGAUCGACAACAUGGAUGGAAGCGAGCUCUACGGGCGUACGAUCAAGGUUGCUGCCGCAAAGCCGCAGAAGGACAGCAAUGAAGGUCUAGGGAGCAAGACGGCUAUCUGGGAACAGGAGGGCUACUUGGCCAAAUACGCAGUCGACGAGGAGGAUAGGUUGGCGGCAGAGCAGGCUCAAACAGCAGCCAAUGAUGGUUCUCACGACCCUAUGCAAGGAUUGGAAGAGCUGGACGUCGCUGGUCCGAAGCCCGAAUAAGCUCUAAAGACUCGAAUAUCAUGAGACAGGAAGCCGUACAACAGUAAUAUUGCAAUAUUACUCCAUCAGAACCCUCCGUUCAAGCGGUACUAUAUACACGCGCUCCAACCGAGUUUUUUAAAAGUUUCAAAUUCUCCCGCGACAUCAACUUUCCCGUGAAUAGUACAGACCGCCGACAAAAAUCACACCAAGGAUCGCCAUCGCAAUUGAAAUAUGGUAAUACACUUUAGUGCUCACGGCUCUCAGGGCUGUUGCGGCUAAGACGGAGAGUCUUGUCGGUCAUGAGCUUCUUGCCGCUGGAGUAGAUAGCAGCUCCAACAGCGACGCUAGAAGAAAUUGCGUCAGCAUAAGCGCAUGUUUAGUCUGGGGAG